AUGUCAGAGAUUGAUCGUCAGAAUGAGAACGAAACACAAAAGAAGAAAAGUCUGAUGCGUAAAGGCGGUGCCAGUGGGGACCGUCGCCGACGGACUGAGCAGGAAGAAGAUGCGGAGCUCUUAAAAGACGAAAAGCAAGGAGGACCCGCGGAGACGGUGUUUCGGGAGUCCCCCGCGUUCAUCAAGGGCGGCCAGAUGCGAGAUUACCAAGUUGCUGGCCUUAACUGGCUGAUCUCGCUGCAUGAAAAUGGCAUUUCGGGAAUCCUCGCCGAUGAAAUGGGUCUCGGCAAAACGUUGCAAACAAUAUCCUUCCUGGGGUACUUAAGACAUGUCUGCGGCAUUACGGGUCCCCACUUGGUUACAGUUCCCAAGUCGACUUUGGACAACUGGAACAGAGAGUUCUCAAAAUGGACACCGGAAGUUAAUGUCCUCGUCCUUCAGGGUGCAAAGGAAGAACGCCAUCAACUUAUCAACGACCGCCUCAUUGACGAAAAGUUUGACGUAUGCAUCACCAGUUAUGAAAUGGUUCUCCGGGAAAAAUCCCACCUGAAAAAGUUUGCCUGGGAGUACAUUAUUGUGGAUGAGGCUCAUCGUAUCAAAAAUGAGGAAUCGUCCCUCGCUCAAAUCAUCCGCCUAUUCAACUCGCGAAAUCGGCUGCUCAUUACCGGCACUCCGCUCCAGAACAAUCUACAUGAACUUUGGGCCCUGCUCAACUUCCUUUUGCCCGAUGUUUUCGGUGAUUCUGAGGCAUUCGAUCAAUGGUUCUCCAAUCAAGAGGCUGACCAGGACACGGUUGUUUCACAACUUCAUCGGGUUUUACGGCCAUUCUUACUGCGACGAGUGAAAGCCGAUGUUGAGAAGAGCUUGCUCCCCAAGAAAGAAGUCAAUCUCUACAUUGGCAUGUCAGAGAUGCAAGUUAAAUGGUACCAGAAGAUCUUGGAAAAAGACAUCGAUGCCGUAAACGGUGCACAAGGCAAGCGAGAAUCGAAAACGAGGCUUUUGAACAUUGUCAUGCAGCUUCGUAAAUGCUGCAACCACCCGUACCUUUUUGAAGGUGCGGAGCCUGGUCCGCCAUAUACAACCGACGAACACUUGGUCGACAACGCUGGGAAGAUGGUUAUUCUCGAUAAACUAUUAAAACGGCUAAAAGUUCAAGGUAGCAGAGUCUUGAUAUUUUCCCAAAUGAGCCGUGUCCUCGAUAUCCUGGAAGAUUACUGUGUCUUCAGGGAACAUGCCUACUGCCGAAUCGACGGGUCAACAGCCCACGAGGAUCGUAUUGCGGCAAUUGACGAGUAUAACCGGCCAGGCUCGGAGAAAUUUGUAUUCUUACUGACGACGAGAGCCGGUGGUUUGGGAAUCAACCUCACCACGGCCGAUAUCGUCAUACUUUACGACAGUGACUGGAACCCACAAGCUGAUUUGCAGGCUAUGGACAGAGCACAUCGCAUCGGCCAAACAAAACAAGUCGUGGUUUUCAGAUUCGUUACAGAGAACGCGAUUGAAGAAAAGGUGCUGGAGCGAGCUGCACAAAAACUUAGGUUAGAUCAACUAGUUAUCCAACAAGGCCGUGCUCAGCAGCAAACAAAGAACGCGGCUUCGAAGGAUGAACUUCUCAAUAUGAUCCAGCACGGUGCAGCUAGCGUUUUUAGCAGUUCCGGCGCUACUGGUACCCUGGGCGGGGGGAAAGAACUCUCUGAAGACGAUAUCGACCAGAUCCUGAAAAAGGGCGAAGAGAGGACCGCCGAGCUCAACAAGAAGUACGAGAAACUUGGCAUUGAUGAUCUCCAGAAAUUUACAUCUGACAACGCAUACGAAUGGAAUGGAGAAGAUUUCACUAAUCGCAAGAAAGAUAUUGGCCUCAACUGGAUUAAUCCGGCCAAACGCGAACGAAAGGAGCAAUCGUACUCUAUUGAUAAUUACUAUAGGCAAACAAUACCCACUGGGGGUCGGACAGCUGACACUAAGCCAAAAGUACCGAGAGCUCCGAAACAGAUUGCUGUGCACGAUUGGCAAUUCUUCCCAUCCAAACUUCGAGAACUGCAGGACAAGGAAACUGCUUAUUUUCACAAGGAGAUUGGAUACAAGGCUGUUCUCCCGGAGGGCACAGAAGAAGAUCUGAGCGAUAGAGAAGCCGAACGGGAACUUGAGCAGCAAGAAAUCGAUAAUGCAGUUCCUCUCACAGAAGAAGAGAAAGCGGAGAAAGAGAAGCUAUCUGAGCAAGGAUUUGCCAACUGGAACCGCCGUGAUUUCCAGCAGUUCAUCAAUGGAUCUGCCAAAUUUGGCAGAACAGAUUACCAGGGUAUUUCCACAGAAGUCGAUAGCAAAACUCCCGAAGAGAUAAAAGAAUAUGCCAAAGUUUUCUGGAAACGGUAUACAGAACUCCAGGAGUAUCCCAAGUAUUUGCGAUCCAUUGAACAGGGUGAAGAGAAGGUGCGCAAGAUGAAUCACCAACGCAAACUACUUCGCAAGAAAAUGGAGCAGUAUCGAGUCCCGCUUCAGCAACUCAAGAUCAACUACAAUGUGUCAACUACGAACAAGAAAGUUUAUACAGAGGAGGAAGACCGAUUUUUGCUUGUUAUGCUGGAUAAACACGGUGUGGACGGCGAGGGCCUUUAUGAGAAGAUCCGUGAAGAGAUUAGAGAGAGCCCUCUUUUCCGGUUCGAUUGGUUCUUUUUGAGCCGCACACCGGUUGAAAUCAGCCGCAGGUGCACUACCCUGCUGAAUACGGUCGCCAAAGAAUUUGAAACUGAUGGGAAGGCUGCCAAUGGCGAUACUGGUAAAGGACGGGGUCGGGACCGCGAUGAGGAGCUCGAGAACGGCGAAAUGGACGGCCCCGUGAAGAAAAAGUCGAAGAAUGGCGCAGUGAACAAGAAGCUCAAAGCUGUACAAUCCAGCGGCAGCAAAGCAACAUCAGCUGCGACCUCAAGGGCGGCGAGCGUGUCAUCCACUACAGCAACGACCAAAUCAAAAGGUAGAAAGAAAUAA